AUGGUGGACGAAAGUGCCGCGGUCCGUGGUGUGGCGGCCGCUUUUCUGACAGUGGCCAGCAUCGCGGUCAUCCUGCGAUGCUAUGUGCGAUUGUGCAUUGUCAAGGCGUUUGGCUGGGAUGAUACGGUCAUGAUCUUCUCUAUGUUAUUCUAUGUCAUGUUCUCCGGAUGCAUGAUCGGAGGCUCUCUUUGGGGAACAGGAAAGCAUCUGGUUGAUUUGACCCCAGAGCAAAGAGCACGCGCUAUGGAGUACUGGUUCCUCUGCGACAUUGGCUACGCCAUCUCAUCCAUUCUCUGCAAGAUAUCCGUCGCCGUCUUCUUGCUGCGUGUCAUGGUUCGUCCGUCUCACAGGCGGAUCAUGUACGCAGUCACCGCGCUCACAGUCAUCGUUGGCAUCAUUUUUUUCGUCUACAUGAUGAUCCAAUGCUCGCCGGUGUCCUACUUCUGGACCCGGAUGCUCGGCGAUACCUCCGGCAAAUGCGGAUACGUGGACGCGAUCAUCAUCAUGCUGUACCUUUUCAGCGUGUCUUCUGCGAUUUUCGACCUGACUGUGGGCCUGCUGCCUAUCUUGCUUGUGCGCAAUCUGCAGAUGAACAAGCGGACCAAGAUUGCUGUUGCGGGUCUCCUGGGCAUGGCAUGCAUAGCAAGCGUGGCUAUUAUCAUCCGGAUUCCAUUCGUUCAAACAAUUCGCGAUCAAGAUUUCCUAUAUGCAACCGUCCAGAUCGCAAUCUGGUCCAACAUCGAAACCGGCCUCGCCAUCACAGCCGGCAGUCUCGCCACCGUCCGCCCUCUCUUCCGCAUUUUACACAGUCGCAAUGGAUCUUCGUACCGCAUCUUCGACUCCUCUUGUUUCCAGAGCAGGAGACGCCAGCACCAGUUUCCCCUGGGUGAUCUCGAAAGCAACACCUCGCGGUCCCCCUACGACCCGACCAAGAGCAACCCCAAGGACGACCGUCAUGGAACCACGAUCUCAGCGGAGAGGAACGGCGCGUCGGAGUUCAUGACUGAGAGCACGGAGCAGCUGAAUGGAAAGUCGCCCUCGGUGCCUAUGCGGUCUUUGUCUAAGAUUGGUGUGCAUCGCACGUUUGAGGUUUCGACGUCCCAGGCGGGUUGA